AGGUGGUGGAAACAGGGCUCUGAUGCUCUGAUAAAUCUGGUAGAUCUUCACUGCUAAGGCGAAUUUAUGAGCUGAAUGGGCAAGAACCAUUUUAUUUAAGAGUAGUUUAGAAUAUAUGACCAAUAAGCUAUCGGGCUUGAGACUUCUACUUGACAAAUGUGGAAACCAUGAGAGGCUCAUCAAGCAAAUCCACACACAAGCCAUAACACAAGGUUUCUUGAAUCACAACCAACUCUUUGCAUGCAAACUACUCAACACCUACGUAAAACUGGGCAAAUCCAUUGCAGCCCAGGGGAUCUUCAACCAAAUACAAAGUCCCGACAUAGUCUCGUGGACCUGUCUCAUCUCUCUCUACCUUAACACUGAACGUCCAGCUAACGCUUUCUCUGUUUUUUCUGACUUGAUAAAUACUGGUUUCAGGCCAGAUGGGUUUGCAGUUGUGGGUGCUCUCUCGGCUUGUGGCCGUAAGAAUGAUCUACUCAAUGGGAGAGUAGUUCAUGGAAUGAUCUAUAGAUAUGAACUGGGCUGCUCUGAACCCAUUGUGGGUAAUGCUCUGAUUGAUAUGUAUAGCCGAAAUGGAAAAAUGCAAAUGGCUCAACUAGUGUUUGGUACAAUGGAAUUCAGAGAUGUGGCUACAUGGACUAGUUUGCUUAAUGGGUUCAUACUGUGUGAUGACAUAAGAUCUGCAGGCCAACUGUUUGAGGAAAUGCCUCAGAGAAACACAAUUUCGUGGACUGCUAUGAUUGUGGGCUAUGUACGUGGAAAAACCCCAAUCUGGGCAUUGGAACUAUUUCGGAAAAUGAGAGUUAAAGGUGAAGAUCAUCCUACGUCAAUCACCAUUGUUUCUGUCCUUGCAGGUUGUGCUGAUUUAGGAGCUCUUGAUUUUGGUCAAUCAAUUCAUGGCUAUGUUUACAAAUUUGCUGGUCUUGUUUGUGAUAUUGCCGUCAAUAAUGGUCUGAUUGAUAUGUAUUCAAAAAGUGGCAGCCUUGACUUGGCUACAAAGAUUUUCAGGGGAAUGUUGUAUAAGGAUUUAUUAACAUGGACCACCAUGAUAUCCGGAUUAGCCCUUCAUGGUGAAGGGAGAUAUGCACUUGAGGUUUUCGAUUGCAUGUUGGCAUCUGGGGUGACCCCAAAUGAGAUUACAUUUCUUUCACUGUUAUCUGCUUGUAGCCAUGCAGGAUUGGUCAGUGAAGGGCAGAGGUUGUUCAACAGAUUGCUUGAUUGUCGUGAUUUUAAACCAAUGAUUGAGCACUAUGGGUGUAUGGUGGACCUUCUUGGCCGAGCAGGGUAUUUGGAGGAAGCAUUAGAGUUAAUUCAGUGGAUGCCCAUCAACCCAGAUGCUGUGAUCUGGAGAUCCCUUUUGAGUGCUUGCUUAGGAAGAGGGAAUUUGGAAAUAGCUGAAACAGCAGGAAAGAAGGUUCUCGAAUUAGAACCGGAUGAUGAUGGGGUAUAUAUACUUAUACAGAAUAUUUAUUGCUCGGCCAAUAAGUGGGAACAUGUAUUAAAGACAAGAAAGACGAUGAGAGAUCAAAAGAUUAAAAAGAAGCCAGGGUGUAGUUGGAUUGAGGUGAAUGGCAUUGUGCAUGAAUUCCUUGCCGAAGACACAAUGCCUCUUGUAUUCACAGAUAUGUAUAUUCUUUUAGUAGCUAUUACUGAGAAUUCGAAAAUUGAUAUUGAUCGCUCUAUUUUUGAAUAGACAUAGUUCAGUGGCGAAGGAAGAGUAUUUUGGGAGAUUAUUAUGGUUCAACAAAGGAUAUACUAAGGAAAAUAAUUAAAGUCAGCCGUGGAUUUACCAAGGAAAGCCACAAAAACAGGAUGAGGUACAAUUAUCAUAAUAUUUUGUUCUAUAGUAUAAUGAUCCAUCUAAAAGUCUAGCUGAUGCAAUCCAUAAGUUGCUUAAGAAGAGACAAAUUCAAAGACAUGAAGAAUUGUGAAAUUUGGCUUGCCAUGAAGACAAAGACUUAUA